AUGGAGAUCACAACUUUGGCUGCAAUGAUGCGGCAGCAGUUUGAUGGCCUCAACCAGAACAUCAACCAGCGCGUCGACAACCUACAGGAGUCCUUGAACACGCGAGUGGACAACUUGCAGCGCACCCUGUUUCAGCAGAACAAUGAGCUACACGAUACCUUGACCAGACGGAUCGACGAGACCAUGGACAGCCAGUUAGAGGAGCCACUCGUCCAACGAUCGCAACAGCUAGAGGAGUCGCUUGUCCAUCGCUCGAACCAGUUAGAGGAGUCACUCGUCCAGCGGUCGAACCAAAUACAUCAAGCUAUGCUCCAACGCACCAACGAGCUGGAUACCACCCUCAUUCAACGAAACAACGAGUUCCAGCAAACCCUGACGAGACGAAUUGAUGAGACUCUGCUUCAACGGUCCAAUGAGUUACAAGGCUUUUUAGCUCAACGUUUAGAUGACACUACGGCCCAGCGAACAGAGGCGUUACACAAGAACUUGGUCCAGGAGAUGGUCAAGUUCCAUAAAGGUAUCAUUCGACCGCAAUUUCAUCGAGUACAAAAGGACCUCGCAGCUCGUGAUCAAGAUAUUAAGCGAGAGUUCCAGAGUUUCAAGGAGCGAUUUGAUCGUGUGGAUGCCAAGUUCCAUACCUUGGAGAUGGAUAUGAAAGAAGAAUUCAACAAUGUCAACAAACGGUUUACGCACAUGGAGAACCGCUUCGAUAGAGUUGAGACCAAGGUGGAUCGACUAGGAGUCAGAGUGGAAGAGGUCGACGCCAAGGUUGAUCAGCUAGGAGUCAGAGUGGAAGGGGUCGAAGCCAAGGUUGAUCAGCUAGGAGCCAGAAUGGAAGGGGUUGAGGCCAAGGUGGAUCAACUGGAAGCCAGGAUGAGCAGAGUAGAAGCCAAGGCGGAUCGAUUUGAAGACAGGCUGGAUAGAGUCGAAACCAAGGUGGAUCGCUUCGAGGUCCAGAUGGGCAAUUUUGAGAGAAUCCUCCGGAACUCCAAAAUCGCCUUCCUCAGCCAGCGUGUCCUUCCAAUACAGAUGUAUGACCAGGAAGGAUCACCAAUGCCUAUCCCCGCGGCCUCUCUUCCCACUACGGCACUAGCGUUCUAUCACCUCAAGGAAAGCAAACAUUGGUCCAAGUUGAGGAGCCUCAUCGAAUACUAUCGACUGCAAGAAGAGGCCAUCCAGGCAACUGCAGAUUAUGAUGGCUCAUUCGCAGACACUAAGCUGGAGUAUACAGAGCUGGAGCUGGAGCGCGCUAUCUCGUCGAACGCAUGGGGCGUUUUUGUUGUCCUAGGUGGACGGAUUGGUAUAGACUGUGGUGCACUCCAUGAUCGAGUCAUACAGGUGCAAUUCCAUUCACAGAAAAACGUUUCAUCUAAACGAGAUGCGAGCGAUCUGAGCACGAACAAGCGGGCCGCCAAAACACAUUGUCCAUUAUCCGACCGAGUCCGACCUGUCUCUGAAGCACAGCGAGAUACAGAUGUAUGUGAGCCAUAUGACCUUAGCAGGAUAUACAGUGAGGUUGACUCCGAGAAGUUCAAGCAGUCUCUUGACCCCCGAAUUCAGGGGAACGAGCCCCUCGUUACUCCCGUCCCAAAACAGGGCUUGAACGGUUCUUGCAGCUCCCAAGGAGAACAGCGCGAGUACGUGUUAAAAGGCGGUUCCAGUUAUUCUCUCUUCUAUGGAGACACGGAGAUUACGAUGUCUUUAUCGCAGCAAACAGAGACAGAGUCCGUCCAGGAAUGA